AUGAGCGCCGAACCAGACACCCCACCCCCCUCCGGACCUAACGGCCAAGCAGGAGCAGCACCAGGCGACGCCCGCGACCCCAGCGGCUUUCUCAGCGAAAUCAUCGGCGCCCCCGUGACGGUGAAGUUGAAUUCGGGGGUGGUUUACAGAGGAGAAUUGCAGUCGGUAGACGGCUACAUGAACAUUGCGCUCGAGGACACGAAGGAGUAUGUGGAGGGGAAGCUGAGGCGGAAUUAUGGGGAUGCGUUUGUGAGGGGGAAUAAUGUCAUGUACAUCUCUGCGGAUGCGGCUUCACAAUGA